UGUAGAUAUCGUAGCGCCCUCUGCAGAAUCUGGCAUCUCUGCUCUUGCGUGCCGAAAGUCGGUCCUUUCUAAUAGUGGGUACGUCGAGUUAAUGUCGACAAAAUGAAGCUGAAUAUUUCAUACCCAGCAACUGGCUGUCAAAAACUCAUCGAAGUUGACGAUGAGAAGAAGGUCCGCAUCUUCUACGAGAAGCGUAUGGGCCAGGAAGUCGAGGCUGACUCGCUCGGUGACGAAUGGAAGGGCUAUGUGGUGCGCAUCUCCGGCGGCAACGACAAGCAGGGAUUCCCGAUGAAACAGGGUAUCUUGACAGCUGGCCGUGUCCGUCUGUUGCUUUCUAAGGGCCACUCGUGCUACCGGCCACGCCGGACCGGCGAAAGGAAACGCAAGUCUGUACGCGGUUGUAUUGUCGACUCCAACCUCAGCGUUAUCAGCUUGGUGAUCAAGAAAAAGGGCGAACAGGAAAUCCCUGGCCUGACUGACACGACCCUUCCCCGCCGCUUGGGCCCCAAGCGUGCCAGCAAGAUCCGCAAGCUGUACAACCUCUCCAAGGAGGACGACGUGCGCCAGUACGUAAUCCGCAGGCCCCUGCCCCAGAAGGAGGGCAAGAAGCCCCGCUCCAAGGCCCCCAAGAUCCAGCGACUCAUCACCCCGGCCAUGCUGCAGCACAAGCGUCACCGGUUGGCUCUCAAGAAGCGCCGCACCCUCAAGCGCAAGGAGGACGCCGCUGAGUACGCCCGACUCCUCGCCCAGCGGGCAAAGGAGAAGAAGGAGAAGAGGCAGGACCAGAUCCGCAGGAGGCGUUCGGCCUCCCAGAGCCAGAGCCAGUCCUCAACUGGAGCGGCGCCCGCUCCGCCCAAGGCUCCGAAGGCAGCCAAGGCCCCAGCAGCACCCAAGGCGGCAACUGCGCAGGCCAAGGCCCCGGCCAAAGCACCAGCAAAGGAGGCGGCCAAGACUAAGUCGAAGGCCAAGCCAAAGGGAAAGUAGACUGACGGAGGAAUAAAACGAGGUUAAUCUGG